AUGUGGAAGAUUUUUGGAGGAAAAAGUAAAGAGCAACCGCCAACAACUCAAGAGGCAAUUCAGAAGUUGCGCUCCACAGAGGAAAUGUUGACGAAAAAAAGCGAAUUUUUAGAAAAGAAAAUCGACGGAGAAGUACAAACAGCUAGGAAAUUUGCUUCAAAAAAUAAGAGAGGUGAGCACAGAGUGUGUAUCAGUGGCAAAGAUUUUGUUUGCUUUUCUUCUUAGCGACUCGUAAGGCGUCGUGGCGUUAAAUUUAAGGUUACUAACAUAUUUGUAUGUUUGAUGACAAAUUGUAGCUGCUCUGAUGGCAUUAAAGAGGAAGAAACGACUCGAAAAACAACUUCAGCAAAUCGAUGGAACGUUGUCUACGAUUGAGUUUCAAAGAGAGGCGCUGGAGAAUGCUAACACUAACACUGAAGUGCUUAAAAAUAUGUCGUAUGCUGCAAAAGCAUUGAAAUCUGCUCAUCAACAACUGUGAGUUUAUUGGAAAUUUACUCUCUGGGUUAAGGAUGUGUUCAUACCUUUUCACGUUCCAGAUCUAAACAACAACUCUUCUCACUGUCGACCAAAAGUUUCUUGUGACAUUUACUCGUACAAUUUGGUGUGUAAUCGUACAAUAUCCUCUGAAUGUUAGAUUUCUUUCUCACUUAGUCGCCCCACUGCUUAAUAGUGUCCAUCUAUUGGUAGGAGGAAAUCCAUUUUGGUCACUCCUGCCUGCAAGUGAGAAAAUGAUGCCCAGUUUUGAAUUGUAUGACUGAUUUGUUACCUAAUUCUACUGUAAAACAACACACAGUAAUAUUGCAGCCAAAAUAACAAACUUAACCAAGAAAGUGAAAAGUACACCUACACAGAGGGUUAUUGGGUGAGAAAACAAUCACUUCACAGCGGUAUCAUUACAAUAUGAUAAGCAUAGGUUGGUUAGAAUGGCAGGCAGGUAGUUUUAAAAGUGUAGAGAGCCCCUUGGACUAAUGAAGUCACAGGGCUAUUUGAAAAUUUAAACUCUUGCAAUCACAUUUUCCUACAUCGUGACUUCAAUUGCAAUUUAUAUUGCAUUGUUUUUCCCCUAAGUCAACCAAUUUGGAAAAGGUUGAAGAGAAUUGCAUAUAUGUUGGGAGCACAAUGGCAUUUGUGCAACGGCUACGAGUGGGUAGCCAACACCUUACCAGCAGGUAGAUCAUCUACCCAUUACCCAGCUGCUAUUGAAACCCUUGCUUCAAGUUGUAUUUAUGUCAAGGGUUUGUUUUUUGCCAUCAUGAGGUUUCAAUAACCUUGGGCUAUAACUGGAUGUGAUCAGAGUUUUUCACUGCCGAUCAAAUUUCUUUUAAUGAAGUUUACAAAACUUGUCUGACCUGUACACAACUACACAAGACUUUCUGUUGAGAAAAAAUAGGUCAAGGAUUGAGGUAUUGCUUUAAUAGUCUGUGAAUAACUACUCCUUGUGUCUAGAUAAGGUUCUUGGAGUGUUGUUUUAUUAACUGUACUCUUUAUAAACCUGCCCAAAAACUAUAUAUAUUUUCAAUUUUCAAACAUUUUUCCUAUGGAUUUUUCAAUUAGUAGUAAGAAGUCAAUUGUUAUCAGAGAUGCUCUGCCAUACAGUGCUUCCAUGUGUGACCCCAUUUUCUUCACCUUCCUUUUUUUUAUCAUUGAUAUUUUCUCCGCCUUGGUAGUGAUGUUGAAGAUGUGCAUGAAAUGAUGGAUGACAUUCAAGAACAGACAGAACUGGCAGAUGAAAUAUCCAGAGCCAUAUCAGAACCAGCAGGCUUUGGAAUGGAAGUUGACGAGGUAAGUACCAAACAUUAUGCAGGUUGUAAGAUGUACAUUUCUAGAAAUUUUCUAAUUUCUAACUCUAGUUCAAAGGUGAAUUCAGGUAUUCAAAAUCACCAUUAUUGGUUUUUUGUUGUGUUCAAGUAUCAGUGCAGAUUGUCCAAUGGGAAAAAUUGGAUUAAAAAGUGAAAUAAUGCAAGAAUUUCAAUCUAUUGCAAAUUGUUAAAUACUUACAAUGCACAUGUUUAAAAUUAUGAGAUACUUUUGCAAAGUUUCAAUAUAAUUCAUGCUGUGCUUGUUUGAAAUUGCACAUAUUAUCAGAUUUUUGCAUCUACAGCAUUUUUACAAAUUUGACCCAAUUAAACAGUCUAAAUGCCUGUGUAAAAAACAUUUAAUACUCCGAGACAGAUACUUACUACAACAGCGUUAAAAUUGUACUUGAGUAGCAAGUUUUUCCUGAUUUUAUAUAACAGGGUAAUCAAAUACCAAAAUGAACUAUUGAAGGCUUUGAUUAAAGGCAUUUGAUCUACUACAAAUUUAGGCAAAAAUUUCAUGUAAAACAAUGACAUGAAACUCUAAUUGAAGUUGCGCUCUCUGUAUUAACACGUACGAUGAAAAGAUUGAUUUUUGUGUAAAUGUCCACUUUGAACUUAUCUACUACUAGUACAGAAACACCUUUCUGUUGAAUUGCAAUAUGAGGUCAUAUGAAGGAGGCUAUUAAAAUUUGCAAGAGAGGGGUGGGAAGAGGUCUCAGAAAUAGUAGGAAAUCAUCAGUCAAUUUUUGGUACAAAAUAAAAUGUAACAAUAGAUUGAGUCCAUUAUUACUGGUACCAGGCAGUGCUGAAGGAAGUAUUUUCCUGGCUUUGUAGAUGAGUUGUAAUUUUGACUUUACUCUGAAUGUUUGUUGAUGUAUUUUCUCAUGUAGGAUGAAUUACUGAAUGAACUUGAAGAACUUGAACAAGAGGGACUGGAUGAACAGUUGCUAGAGGUUGGUGGAACAAGUAGUCUGCCAGCAGUUCCUGAGACAGAACCACCAGCUGCCCCAGGUAGGUUCAUAGCCUAUGUUUUCUGUGUUCUCCAUAAUUAUCCUCUUUGGAGAAACAGACUCGAUUGUAAAGAUUUUGUAAUAGAUCAGAGGUACAUGGAUACUUGAUCUUGCACUAUUUUAAAAUUGACUCAAAAAACACAGCCCUCUUUAUGGCUAUGUUUCAUUUUGAGUGAGAGUGCCACUGACACUAUCUUAAUUGUGUAGAGGUCAUUUUAUUGUUGUUGUUAUUAUUAUUAUUAUAAUUGUAUUGAAUUUGUUACCCUAGAGUAUAUUCAGUGUUCUCCUUUUCAGGGGGUAAAAUUUAACACCUAUAGUACUUUCUAAAAUUGCUUGGAAUUCUUGAAAAAUUAACAGAUAGGAGGAUUGCUCCACCAGUUUGAAAGUUUCUUUUCCCUGUCGUGCUUAAAUAAGAGAGAAAACUGCAGAUUACCAUGCCUGAUAAAGCAGAACAUGUUCUUAGCAGAAGAGGGUGAAAGAUGCAACACAGUGGCUUUCAGAAUAACCCCUUCAAUCAAUAAGAGAAAUAAUCAGAUUUUAUUUCCAGCAACUAAGAUUGUCUUCUUUUACUAUCAAUUUUAGCCAGAGCCAAGACUAAAGCAGCAGCAGAAGAAGAUGAUUUAAGAGACCUUGAGGCAUGGGCCUCUUAG